AUGUUUUGUGAUAUCAGAACAUUUGAGAGAAAGCUGCAAGUUUUUGAAAGAGACAUUGAAAGUGGGCAGCUGAAAUACUUUCCAAAUCUAAAAAUACAUUUGGAAAAUUCUACAAUAUUUACGGACAAUCCUCCAAGCCAUCAGGAAAUCCACAAGGAGCUUUCUAGCAUUGUAGCGGCUGCUAAGGAGAAUUUUAGUAAAAGAUUCUUGCAAUUCCGGAAAAUGGAGACAACCCUGUAUUUUCUCACUUCUCCAGAUAAAGCCAAAUAUGAAGAGCUUGAUAUUUCCUGCUUACUCUGGUUAGAUUUAGAAAAUCUGGAAAUGGAGCUAUUAGAUUUUCAAGAAAGCUCUAUCUGGAAAAAUAAAUUCUAUGCCCUGCGUGCCACACUUGAGAAGAUAGAAUGUGAAGGGAUGACAACAGACAGCACAGUUGGUAGUUCUAAUUUAGGAGUUGUUUAA